GUCUCAACCAUCCUCCCACACAUCUAAACCCAAGCCCUCGGCUAAGCCUACACCCAAGCAGAAUCCCGAUCUUUAUCGAAUUGCUAGUGCUCUUGCUGGACAGAAAAUCAAGGAAUUAUGCACCAAGGGUCUUAUAACAGUGAAUUCCGUCAUUGACACACAAGUGACACGUCCUCGUCGCUCUCCUCACGAGCACAUGUUUACACCAAGAAUGGAUGUCCUAGAUGACCCAGCGUCGUCAAAUAUCAUGGCGACGUUCGAAAUUCCUGGCGUCCGAGCGUCCGAUAUGAACCUGUCAAUCGUCGACGGCCAUCUCAUCAUUCAAGGCGAGCGGCGGUCUCGCUUCACAGCCAACGGUUCCGCCGAUACGGACACGCGGCCUGACGGCGGUGUGUCGUCUACCGAUAUCAUGGACACUGACAGCAAACCGUCCAUUCAAUUUCCUGUCAGAGAGCUCAGAUACGGACGAUUCUACAGAAGUUUCAAGCUGUCUAACACCGUCCAACAAACUGACAUAACGGCGUCGAUGGUAGAAGGCAUGCUCACAGUGACUUGGCCAAGGUCCAAUCCAGAUCUCGCUACCGAGGUGCCUGUCGGAAAUGGGGAACUAGUUCAGAUCAAGUAAUGCACCUAUUACGGAUUCUCUUUCAUUACAGUAUCGACGCAUGAGUUUAGUUAAGCGCCAGUCUUCUGAAUCGUUCCCCAUAGCGGUGUAAUUGACAUCCACAAAAAUACUGCGGUUCAAAUCUCGAUAUCACUUCCCCAACUCACCCCCACUCUUCUUGGAUCAUCGCGUCCUUAUUUGGAUCCUUCUCAUUUUUCUGGGUUGCUUGAAUUCCCUGUUCUACUUUUACUACUUCUCUGUAAUGAUCUCAACUCAGCCUUUCCUGUUCUACCUACUCACAUGCUUCUGUAGCCUGUACUGUACCACCCUUUUGCUAUAUCCAUCAUCCACGACUACUGUAUUGUAUGUUUCACAGCACCAUUGAAUAGAUACAUCCAUUGAAACUUA